AUGUCCUCAAAUUCUCGAGAGUUCCUUAAGUCCCGGAAAUGUCCUGUAAUCCUAGAUGGUUCAUCAUCUUUCGUCUACAAAGCCACUGUGAGUGAAGAAAAAGUUCCCCCUGAGUCGCAAGAGUGGAGCUCCAGUGUGGACCAGGAGGCCCCGCGCAUUAAAGAGGAGCAGGAGGAGCUGUGGAGCAGUCAGGAAGAUCUCACCAAGUUCCCGUUCACUGCUGUCCCUUUGAAGAGUGAGGAUGAGGAAGAGAAACCUCCGUCCUUACUGCUUCAACAAACUGAACACAUGGAAGCAGAUGGAGAGGACUGUGGAGGACCAGAACCGGCCAGGAACUCAGAUCCACAUCCAGAUCCUUAUGACAAGACCGGGAACUCUUCUGAACUAAAGACUUUAGUCAGUGAGACCAGAGAACCAGGUUUAGUCGCCCAGAAAAACAACAAGCGUAUCACUGGAAAGAGGUCGUUCCGCUGCUCCGAGUGUGGUAAACAGUUUAGCCAAAACUCCAAUCUGAAGACACACAUGAGAAUCCACACAGGAGAGAAACCCUUCAGCUGCUUAGUUUGUGGUAAAAGGUUUAUACAGAAGGUUCACCUGACGUACCACAUGGCACGCCACACAGGAGACAAAUUGUACCACUGCAGUGUUUGCGACCAAGGAUUCACCUGGCUUUAUCAGCUCAAAAAUCAUACGUGCAUCUAUCAGCAGUCCGUACUGCUUAACCAAACUGUGGAGAACAAAGAGGACCAUGGAGGACCAGGGGCAACCAGGAACUCUGAUCCAGGCGGGCAUUUCCACCUACGUACUGGGGGCAAGAAUUCCGCAACAAAGACUGUGGAAAGCGAUACGGGAAUGAGUAACGGCAAGAUUGCAUUUCGCUGCUCUGAUUGCGGACAAACAUUUGGCCGCAAGACACUCCUGUGGGAACACAUGAAAUCUCACACAGGAGAGAAACUGUUCAGCUGUUCGGUUUGUAAGAAGAACUUUCCGUGGAGAAAACACUUACAGCGACACAUGAGAAUCCACAUGGAAGAGAAAAAACUGAGCUGCAGUGUAUGUAGCAAAAAGUUCAACUGGGCCUAUCAGCUCAAUCUCCAUCAGUGUGUCGGUGAGUCCUCGCAACAUGGUGCAAACCAAACACACAAUCAGUCAGGGUCAAACACACAGGAAGUCCCUGUCAGAGAGACGGGACACCCUAAGAAAAAGACGUUUCCUUGCCCUCACUGUAGUAAAAUCUUCGGUUACAAGGACUCUCUGCUGAGACACAUCCGAUGCCACACAGGAGAAAAGCCGUUCAGCUGCUCCGUUUGUGGGAGACGAUUUAGGGAGCGGGGAAAUUUGGGACAGCACAUGGUCGUCCACACGCGGGAGAAACCCUUCAGGUGCGUCGUCUGCGGCCAAGGGUUCAGUUGGCGGAAACAGCUCAAAAAACACAAGUGUGACGGCAACAGCAGCAGCGGGAGAUGAGCUGAGUAAAUUUCAGCUAAUUUUCCUGUAACUGAAAGAAAUCAAGCCAAUCUGCUUGGGUUUCUAAGGGUUGAAUGCACGUGUGUCCCUUUGUGUCACGUCUCUAAAUUCUGACCUUUUGCAGUUCCAUGGACGCAGCGCAGGUGGAGCUCUUCGUGAGUUCUCUUUUUCCUCAGCAGCAGUUUGUGAGUUGCGUGUUUGAUAGUUGAUUUGUAGAUCCGUUCAGAGCUGAUCAUAUCAGAUUGAUGGAGAGGAACAGCUGCUGCAGAGGCGAGUUAGACUCAAUUUUGACCCAGCAGAACGAGCGGUUGAGUUUAACUUCUAAUGUGCCUGAUGUUCUACUGCUCCACCUGUGCCCAGAGUAUGCUCUGCGCUCCCACGGUGUGUUGCUAUCAAUAACCGAACAUGCUAAUGAGUGGUACAGCUCCAAAAUCUAUUUAUGGCAGGAGAUGUUUUGAUGGUGGCGGGCUGGAAACCCCGAGUUUAUAGUCUCCGCCUCCCUUCGGUAUUGAUUGAAACACAACACUCAGGGGGGACGUGCUACUUUAGCCCCCUUACUGGCAAAAUGUAAUGAUGCGUCACCACAAAAUACCAUCUUUUCCCACCAAUGCAGUGCUUGAACAUUGAUCCAAAUUAAUCUGCACUGAGUUCGAAAAAGAAUGAUCAAGAAGUGAUAUAUGAAGAGAAGUAACUGCUGUAAAGUCUUCCCAGGCCUCAUUGCUGCUUUCUACUGCUUACUAACCUGUUCUCUGGGCCUGUCCGUGACAUGAAACGUGACACACCAAGAAAAAAAAACAAAAAACCCACACACUGAAAGGCAUGCCCGUCAGCUGCAGAGCAGUGUACACAGCUCUGCUCUACUGGCAUUGGGAAAGGACCACAUACUUAGAAAACUGCCGUGUACACAGCUCUGCUCUACUGGCAAUGGGAAAGGACCACAUACUUAAAAAACGCUGCUGAAGCACAAAGAGGGAAAUGCUUUAUCUGUCUAAAUCUUUAAACCCUGUGAAAACGGGAGUAAGUUUGUUUGGUUUCUUUGAAUGAAUGAGCAACGUAACAAGAAAU